CUUUUCAAUUUUCGAGUAUGGUCUAAAAGAGCUGUGGGCAAAAUUCUAUAUAACCAGGCUUUGCAGACAAUUGUUAUCAGUCUCCUUAAAAUUGUAGUGUGGUAACUGAAGUGGAGAAAAUGGGGAGCGGUCGAAUUCUAUUUGUUGUCAUGAGUGUUAGUGCUCUUUUAGGGAUGGUAACUUGUGGAAGGGAUAUCGAGAAGAAGGCUGCUUAUCAUACUGAUAAUAUUCCUGGAAUUGGUGGUGGUGUAGGAGGCGGAGGUGGCUUAGGAGGUGGUGGGGGAGUAGGCGGAGGUGGUGGUCUUGGUGGCGGUUCAGGCCUUGGGGGAGGUGCUGGUAUUGGUGCUGGUUCUGGAUUUGGUGGGGGUGCUGGAGGCGGUGGAGGUGGUGGUGGAAUAGGUGUUGGCUCUGGCGUUGGUGCAGGUGGUGGUUUUGGUGGAGGUUCUGGGCUUGGAGGUGGAGGUGGUGCUGGUGGUGGAUUUGGUGGAGGUUCUGGACUUGGAGGUGGCGCUGGUGGAGGUUUUGGCGGAGGUUCUGGUCUUGGAGGUGGAGGUGGUCUUGGUGGUGGUGCUGGAGGUGGUGCUGGCGGUGGACUAGGUGGUGGAAGCGGUCUUGGAGGUGGUAUUGGUGGUGGAAGUGGUCUUGGUGGCGGUAUCGGAGGUCGAAGUGGGUUAGGUGGUGGUUUGGGUGGUGCUGGUUGUGGUGGUGGGCUGGGUGGGGGUGGUGGUGGUGGUGUUGGCGUGGGAGCCAAGGAUUCUAAGGUGACCAAACAUGCUAAGAAGCCUUGAACUGGUUUUGUGUUGGCCGUAUGCUUUCCGCAAUAUGUUCUUAGGAAUGGCGAAUAAGUGUGUUGGUGAAUAACUAGGCAGUGUGUAGUUUUCGUUAGACUAUUGUGUGUUAAGAGUAGUUUUGGUUGUGCUUCGUACGGUUUAUUGGUAUGUAAUCUAAUGAAAGACAUCUGGGUAUAUCGGCGAUACAAGACUUUGAAGCAUUUGUAAUGUGUAGCCAUAAUUUCAACUCGAAAUGGUACUAUUGCUAUGUCUUGUCAAAUGUAUGUUGGCCUGAUUAGUAUAAUUAAUUCUAACUGUGAAAUUAAGGAUAUAAUUCAGAAGUUUGUGGCGCA